AGCUCCCUUUCUUUUCUAAUUCGAGUCUGAAGGAAGGUCAGGGAAAUUCCGAGAGAGAUUUUCCCGCAAAGACCCCACAUUCGACCCAUUCCCCGCGAGAAAAACGCGGCUGCGCUGCCCUCCCCUCGGCGUCGAGCUACGUCCCCGCCCUGAGGGCGGGACUUCCUCUCCUUGGCCCGCGGCUUCCGACGCUGUCCGGAAGUCAAGUUAGUCUAGUUAGUACCGGCCCGUUGGCGACGGUGUCCCCGCUGUUCCGCCUGAGGCGAGUGACGCUGGCCGCCAACGAGGUAUACGUCCUGGGUCCGUCGCCCUCAGUCUCGUCUCCGGCGCGGCUGCUCGCCCCGUUUUCCCUCUGAGCUGACCUGCUCCGAGCCGUGGGCCGCCCAUGGCGGGGGCCGCUCCGACCACGGCGUUCGGGCAGGCGGUGAUCGGCCCUCCGGGCUCAGGGAAGACCACGUACUGUCUGGGCAUGAGUGAGUUCCUGCGCGCGCUGGGCCGGCGCGUGGCCGUGGUGAACCUGGACCCGGCCAACGAGGGGCUGCCGUACGAGUGUGCCGUGGACGUAGGCGAACUGGUGGGGCUGGGCGACGUGAUGGACGCGCUGCGCCUGGGUCCCAACGGCGGACUGCUGUACUGCAUGGAGUACCUGGAAGCCAACCUGGACUGGCUGCGUGCCAAGCUGGACCCCCUCCGCGGCCACUACUUCCUCUUCGACUGCCCAGGACAGGUGGAGCUCUGCACGCAUCACGGCGCCCUGCGCAGCAUCUUCUCCCAAAUGGCGCAGUGGGACCUCAGGCUGACUGCCGUCCACCUGGUGGAUUCUCACUACUGCACAGACCCUGCCAAGUUCAUUUCAGUACUGUGUACCUCCCUGGCCACCAUGCUGCAUGUGGAGCUGCCCCACAUCAACCUCCUUUCCAAGAUGGACCUCAUUGAGCAUUAUGGGAAGCUGGCCUUCAACCUGGACUACUACACAGAGGUUCUGGACCUCUCCUACCUGCUUGACCACCUGGCUUCUGACCCUUUCUUCCGCCACUACCGCCAGCUCAAUGAGAAGCUAGUGCAACUCAUCGAAGACUAUAGCCUGGUGUCCUUUAUCCCUCUGAACAUCCAGGACAAGGAGAGCAUCCAGCGAGUCCUGCAGGCUGUAGAUAAAGCCAGUGGAUACUGUUUCGGAGCCCAAGAGCAGCGAAGCCUAGAGGCCAUGAUGUCUGCCGCAAUGGGAGCCGACUUCCAUUUCUCUUCCACACUGGGCAUCCAGGAGAAGUACCUGGCACCCUCGAACCAGUCAGUGGAGCAGGAAGCCAUGCAGCUAUAGCAACAAGGUGGAUCCUGGAGAGCAGGAUGCAUAACCCAGCACUGGGGAAAGUGGAGGCUCCUGAAGCAGGCUGCAGACCCAAGAGCAAGUCCUCCCAGCGAGAGCUGGCGGGCUGGCAAGGGGAUAUUGAGCUCUGCAAAGGACUUCUGGCCAAAAAGCCAGACAUGGCGCCAAGCAGAACACCUACCAUACUGGCAGUGGUGUCUGUGAGCUCUGGGCCCUGCCACCAGAAAGUCGAGCACUGGUCCUACUCAGGCUGUGAAGGAAUGUGCUGCAAUACAAGAGUUUAUAUUCUA